AUGGUUAAUGAGAACCUGAAGCAAGGCCUCUAUGCCAUUUUUGUGCAUGCUGGGGCCGGCUACCACUCCCGCGAGAACGAGACUAAGCAUCUCGAGGCUUGCCGGCUUGCGGCUCAGGCUGGAAUAAAUGUCUUGCGCAAUGGUGGUACCGCCGUUGACGCCGUGGAAAUGGCCGUCAUGAUGCUGGAAGACUCGGUGAUCACCAACGCGGGCUACGGCAGCAACCUGAAUGCUCAGGGUAGGGUUGAAAGUGAUGCAUCGAUUGUCGACCAUUUUGGUCGCAGUGGUGCUUGUGGCGCCGUUCCCUCUGUCAAGAAUCCGAUCAUGCUUGCUCGCAAGAUCUAUGAUCAGGCUUACAAGGCCCCUGGAUUGUCCCGUGUCCCGCCGAACUUCCUUGCCGGUGACGGAGCUGCUGACUUUGCCUGGAUUAACGGGAUCGAUCUUGUUCCGGACGAUGAUCUGAUUGCGCCUGGUGCAAGAGCCCGUUACGUGUCUUGGUGCAAAGAAAUUGCUGAGUGGGAGGCUGAGAACCCCGAGGAAGCUGCAAAGACUCCGUACAGGGAUUGGAUGCGUCGUCCGGGAACCUCCGUGCCGACUCGCAUCACUCAAAUGGAAAUUGAUACCUCGGUUACAGAGGAAGUGCGUGCUGUUCCCAGACUCGGCAGCGGCCUUACCGGUCUUAGCAAUCCUUCCCUGCUGAGGAAUGGAAAAUCUUUGGAUGGUCCUCGUUCGAUUCCCCAGUCCGACAGCGCGUCGUCGGAGGCUCCCGCAUCCAGUGAGGCUGCUUCUACUGGCCAGGAUCAAUCGGCGCCUGCUGGAACCUCUGAUGGGUCUGGCGCGAAGAAAGACUCGAUCUCUGACACUGUUGGCGUCAUUGCAGUUGACAUGUUCGGCAACAUCGCUGCAGGAUCCUCGUCCGGGGGUAUCGGUAUGAAGCAUCGAGGCCGAGUGGGACCCGCGGCGUUGAUCGGUAUCGGCACUCAUGUCAUGCCAGUCGAUCCAACCGAUCCUGAAGAAACUACCGUGGCUGCUGUCACUUCCGGGACUGGCGAGCACAUUGCCACCACAUUCGCUGCCAGUACCUGCUGCGCCCGCGUCUGCUACAGCCAGCGAAUGGGUCAAGCCGGUUGCUUUGAAAAUGUGAGCGAAGAGGAGGCCAUCAGCGCAAUGGUCAAGAAUGAAUUCGCACGUCAUCCCGCUGUCGUACACAGCGAGUUUCCAGGCUCGGUUGGAAUCUUGUGUGUCAAGAAGAAUGAAGACGGCAUUGUUUUCCACUUUGCUCAUAACACCGAGUCCUUUGCUGUCGGAUCCAUGUCCAGUUACGACUCUGCGCCGUCUUGCCUCAUGUCUCGCAGCGCUCGCCGUGGCGCCGUUGCUCAGGGAGGAGUCAAGUACACCCCUCGCGAACCCACGGACAACCCCAACGAUAAGGACAAGAAGAGAAAGCGGAAGUGA